AUGAUGGUGAACGAUGAUGGGGUUAAGGAGGAGACCGUUUUGGUAAGUCCUACAGUUCCUAAGCGCUCUAGGCUCAGUAAGGGGUGGAGGCGGAAACAUGCUCAGUCGGGGGCUGGUUCCUUUUCUUCACCAGGGGUUUCGGACUCUUCUGUUGGGAGGUCCGGGGAGGUGCAGGUUUCAGACCAGUCUCAGAGUAGGGGGUCUGGUGGUUGUUUCGUUUGUGGCCAGCAGGGCCAUGGCAGACGUUUUUGUCCUUUGCGUGUAAGUUCUUCGGGUGUUUCAAAACCCAGUCAGACUCAGUCAUACCCGUCCAGUCGGGGCGCUAUCGUAUCUCCUUCUAUUUUCAUAGAAAAUACUUCUGACACAUUGGAAGAGACAGACGAAAUUACUUCUGAUACGUCGGAAGAGGCCCAAAUUCUUGCAGACUUACUUGAAGCAAAUGGGGUUAACAAAUUAUUUGACAAACUUGAAGCACCCUUUGCUCCAUCUAGCUUUCUUUUGGGAACUUCCUCUAAUGAAGCAGCCAUCCAUAUUCAGAAAGGUCUUAUUAUUUCUCUCCAAUCACUGACGGAUGUUAAUGGCAUGAUUGCUGUAGCAAACAACGUUUUCAUGAUUUUGAAGAGUUUGGGUGUAGACUUCAUCUCUUUUUACGAGAAGGUGAAGAUAUUCCUUGGGUGCUUUGCUUCGAAAACCCAACUUGCAGAUUCUUCAAACUUGUCUACUGCAGAAUUUGAGGCCCAAUAUUACGAGAAGAAGCUUCAUUUCGACAAAGUUUCUGGCGAACAUGAACAGUUGUCUGCUUCAAUUAUCAAGUCGGAUGAGCACAUCGCGGGUCUUAAUCAAAGGAUUAUUCAAACCAAAGAGUUACUCAAACAAGCGGAACAUGCAUCAUUUAUGUGUGAUUUUGCACAAGCUUCCGAGAAUGUUUCUAAAUCAGAAGAAGACGUGCAAACUGCCCUGAAUGUUUUGAGCCAACACAAGAAGAAGAAUGGACAACACAGUGUUGUGGAACGUGCCUUUGAAAGGGCUAAGGCUUCUCUUAAUGAAUGAAUGCACUUUUAUUUUGUUAUUCAUCCGAACAUAAUGUAUUUAUGAAAUUUCGCUCAGUGAUAGAUUUAUUUGUUAUAUGAAAUUUCUCAAUACAAUACAUUGAUUUGUCUUAUUUUGGCCGUACACAAUAGAUUUAUUUGUUAUAUGAAAUUUCUCAAUACAAUACA